CUUAAGGGUCGCAAGAGAGAGGCAGAAAAAUAUUUCUUAAAGGCAAUUCAGUUGGAUCCUAUGAAGGGAAACUGUUAUAUGCAUUAUGGCCAGUUUCUGUUAGAAGAAUCUCGGUUGAUGGAAGCAGCAGAGAUGGCCAAGAAAGCAGCUGAGUUGGAUAAUACAGAGUUUGAUGUUGUUUUCAAUGCGGCUCAUAUGCUUAGACAAGCUAGUCUCAAUGAAGCAGCUGAGAAAUAUUACAAAAUGGCAGCUGAGCUAAGACCUAAUUACCCAGCUGCCUUAAUGAAUUUGGGAGCUAUUCUUCAUCUCAAUGGCAAACUUUUGGAGGCUGAAUCAAACUAUCUCCAUGCCCUUCAGUUUAAACCAGAUGAUGUCAUCACACAAUCAAAUCUCCGCAAACUCUGGAAUAUCAUGGAAAAGCAAGGCUUAAGAACAACCAAAACAUAAUGCAGGGUUUUAAAGUGCAAUCCCAGAAACUGUUUCAUGGGAUAGACAAAACUAACAUUUUAACCAAUGAAAUUCAACAUUUUCACUGUUACGCAUUCAGAUAUGGAUAAAAUGCAAUGGUAGCUUCAAUCUAUUUACCUGAACAAAUCAAUUUCUCAAAUCUGUAAAGCCAAAUGCUGUAUUAACUAUGAAGAUUGAAUUUUUAGCAUCAUCCUAUGCAUGCAUACUCCAGAGUAACUCCCAUUAAAUGCAGUGGGUCUAAUCCCAUGAAAUUGUGUAUAGGAUAGCAAUGUAACUGUAUAACUAUGACAUUCUGAAAUGUUGUUAGACUUCGGUAUGAGAUGCAAGGUCAACUUCCUGGUUGUAACAUUUCACUUUUUAUUAUAGCAUCUCCUUCUUAUGUUUGUCUCUUUAUCCAUAAUUACAUUUCUUACUAGUUUUUCACAAAGUUGUACAGUAGUUUUGCUUGUCGCAAAUUGAACAAUGACAAAUUGUUUAAAAUAAAAUCACGUUUGUCCAUGCAUUUUCAGUAUAGGGUUAGGCUUUAUAUCUCUCAAUUUUCAGAUAAGUUUAAAAUGUUGUCUCUGCUCAGGGAUUUGUGGUGGAUAUUGCAGACAGUGCUUAAAAAUAAGAGCACAAAUUUACUAAAUUAAAUUUUUAUUUUUUGAGAAAACAUAUUUGUAUAAAUUAUCAAGAUUUGUAGGGUUUCCUUUUUGUAGAAAUAAUUGUUUAUGUGCCAGAUAAGAAAAUCCACUUUGUUUUCAGUAAUAAAU